GCGACACCCUGUCGGGCGGGAGCGCUGUGUCGAGACGGGUGCCGCGGAGCGUUCGGUAAUUGUAACGACUGUUUGUGUGUUUGUAUGGAGAGGAGUUGACUCAGGCUCGGGCUAACUUGGGAUUCGUGCUUCAAGGGAACCUAAUUAUAUUGCUGAUACUGGGACAGCAUAAGCAAUUUGUCAUUCUUCACCGUCCGUUGCCAACUGUUCAUCGAAUAAGACAGCUUUGAAUACACAAGCCACAAAAUGUUGUUUAUCAAAACCACCAUCACGCCAUGCCUCAGGCUGGUUGGUCGAACAUUCGUCACAAGACAUUCCUCCACCUCAGCACUGCAGAGACGUCCUCCAGCCACGCGCCUACGAGACAGUUACCUGCACUGUCCGGGAACCGUGCCUCUGGUACACCACACUCUCUCCGACGUCCUGGACCGCGCGGCGAGCGACUUCGGCACCAGGGAAGGCGUCAUCUUCGUCCACCAGGACAUCCGGAGGACGUGGCUGGAGGUCCGGCAGGAGGCGGAUCGGCUGGCGAGGGGAUUUCUUUCCCUCGGCCUGGAGAAAGGUGACCGGAUUGGUAUCUGGGCGACGAAUAAAUACGAGUGGCUUCUGACGCAGUAUGCUGCGGCCAAGGCGGGCCUGGUGCUGGUGAACGUGAACCAGGCGUACCAGAGUCGCGAGCUGGAGUACUGUCUGCGGAAGGUGGGCGUCCGGACGCUGGUCGCUGGCCAGGGGUACAGAACGUCCGACUACUACACGAUGCUGACGGAGUUGGUGCCGGCGCUGGCGGACGGAGAGGCCGGCGUACCGCUGACGGUGAGGUCAGAGAAGCUCCCCCAGCUGCGCGACAUCGUCAUGAUUGGGGGAGAGCGACGUCGUGGCGUUCUGCGCUUCGAUGACCUGUUGGACGCUGGAAAAGAGUCGCUUUCCGGGGAGCUGGAGCGACGUCAGGCGCAGCUAUCCCUCUGACGAUGUUGAGCAUCGCUGCGGCACCGUGGGCUACCCUCUUGACCACACUGAGCUGAAGGUGGUGGACGAACACGGCAGGACGCUUCCCGUCGGCACCGCCGGAGAGCUCUGUAUGCGGGGAUACAACCUCUUCCUCGGAUACUGGGACGACGAAGAGAAGACGGCGGAGUGUCUGACUCCCUCGGGAUGGUUCCACACCGGCGAUGUGGCUGUGAUGAACGAAGACGGCUACGUCAAGAUCGUCGGACGUGCCAAGGACAUGGUGAUUCGCGGAGGAGAGAACAUCUACCCGACUGAGGUGGAGGACUUCUUGAUGACCCAUCCAGACGUCUUGGAAGCAUCAGCGUUUGGAGUUCCCGAUGAGAGGAUGGGAGAGGAGCUGGCGGUUUGGAUCAGAACUCGAGAGCACUGCUGUCUUUCGGAGCAUGAUAUCAGGAGUUUCUGCAAGGGAAGGAUCGCACAUCACAAGAUCCCGUGUUAUAUACAGUUCAGGGAUGACUUUCCCAAGACGGUGACGGGCAAAAUUCAGAAGUUUGCCAUGCGCGAGAUCAUGACAAUGGAACUGGGAUCUGAAAAGUGAAACGGCUUUUGUGGAUUUUACCUUGUAUCGUCCGAACUCAGGUGAAGCAAACUCUGCAUUGUCAUAUGUGUUGAAACGUUUAUCAUUCUGCCAGUGUUACACCCCUUUUCAAUGUUUGAUAAAAUGUUUGGAAACAAGUUUCGAACGUUUUAUACACUGAAUGUA